UAGCAGCUGCAUUGCUCACUCUCUCUCUCUCUCUCUCCUCUCCUCUCUCCUCUCUCCUCUCUUUCCCCUCUCUCCAUUCUUUCCUGUUCAGUACAUCUCUGACUAUUUGGGGACAUUAAAAGAUUGCAGGAUGCCAUGAGGAAUGUCGUAUUUCCGCAGUCGAUGUUUUCUCCAGCGAAUGUGGGACAUAAUUUAGCUGGCGACAUGGGAGACUUGGAGUCGGGUUAUGAAGAGGUGGAUGGCGUGAGACUUGGCUAUCUUAUAAUUAAAGGGAAGCAAAUGUUUGCCCUUUCACAAGUGUUCACCAAUCUGCUGAAAAACAUACCCAGGACAACGGUGCACAAAAGGAUGGAUCAUCUGAACGUGAAGAAACACCACUGCGAUUUGGAGGAAUUGAGGAAACUCAAGGCGAUACAUUCUAUCGCUUUUCACGCAGCCAAAUGUACUCUGAUAUCUCGGGAGGAUGUUGAAGCCUUGUACACGUCGUGCAAGACUGAACGAGUUCUUAAAACCAAGAGGAGAAAAAUUAACCGAACCUUGUCAGCAACCCAAAUCAGACAGGAGAAAACCCCCCCUGAUCCCUACUCAAGUUUUUUCAAGGAGAACAAAGUUUGGUUGAGUUUGAAUGGAAAACCCCAGCCCUUGGCUGGGAAGAGCAAAGCUUUGCAAGGAGACGUCAGUUCGCUCCCGGCGUCCGAUCUACCUCAAUUCUACAGCAAAUUCACCAGCCACAGCUACACUGAAAUGGUGCGAUCGCAUUGCAAAACCCCCGAAAACUAUGAAACUGCCGAAAUAUCGAGCAAUUAUGUAGCAUUUCACACGAAUCACUCGUUAUUCCGGAGCAUGAUUUGCAGACAUCCCGUGUUCUACCAAUCCUCCCUCGCCUAUCAUCCCAAGUCUCCCAGCGCCACCGGCUUGACUUAUUAUUUCAGAAGGAAAAGUUCCUGCGAAAUCUCUCAGAAACACUCGGGGAGCCUGAGCUCCGCCAGGCGAGUCCUGUUGGCGACAGCUGCCCCCAAAUCCUGCAAAGCGAAAGGGGGGGAUCAGGGCUUGAAUAAAUUUCACAUCGCCAGCGGAUUGUAUUGCAACCACGGGACGUUGCAAGAGAGCUGCAGCAGCGACUCGGAAUCCAGCUCCUUUUCUGAUCGCAUUGACAACGACUCGGACUUCGGGUCAAGCUUGUCCAGUUCCAGCAACUCGGCUUCUUCAGACGAUGAGGAAGACUCGCUGUCGGACUCCUCCGAUGUGACCUCCGCCAGUGACGAGGACAGCUCGUCCGACUCUGAUUCCAGCUCCGUUUCAAGCCAAGUUUCCAUGCAAAGCAUAAGAUUCAGGCGCACCAGUUUCUCGAGCAGCUCCAGCAAACCCCUGGUCCUGUCGCAGCCGACUUUCCACUACCAAUUCCAAGCCAAAAACAACGUGGUGUUUGACACAGCUGCCGGUGGAUUCCUGGAGGGGAAACCCUCCCAUUGUAAUUUAAAGUCCGCGUCCAUCGUGAAAAGGAACGAGCUGAACUGUACUAACAAGCCACACAGCGUGUGCUGUUCUGCCGGCUCUGUGAGUUGUUUUGCUGAGCUAAGUAACGACAGGCUAUCAGAAAUCGCAUUCCCCCACUCCGAAAUAUCACAUUAUCUAAGGAGGACUGAAUCGACAAUUAACUGUGUUAAAGAGAGGGGGGGCGCACCGAGCCCACAGGGAAACACUGACUUUCCACAACAAAGAACAUUAACAGAGGCGAAGGAAUGCCUGGAAGCAUCUAUAUCACACUGUGCAGAAGACAACGAUGUGGCAAUAGUUUCUGAACCGGCAGAGCACGAUCCUGCACCAGCAGCAAACGCGGAAAAAGAAUCGAAAAUCGGCAACUUCAUCAAACUCUCCUCGGCUCUCCAGAGGUUAAACGCGGAUAACAGCAAAGGCCCCGCGGUCCAAGAUCAGGGUAACGAUGCGGAGAUGGGGCAGACAAUUCUGCACAAUGUUACAGUCAAACUGGAAGAAAAUAGCUGCGAAGAAGAGUACGGAGGCGUCACUCAACAGCCUCGAAAGAAACUAACGUACGGGUGCAAUGUCUCCAAGCCAGCAGUCACCACUUUAAGAGAAAGCAAAACGCGAGCCUGUUUCCUGACAAGAGCGCAGGAAAGUUGUACGUGCACUGAAAAAGCCACCACUUCCCAAACCGUACCCGGACCGAGCGAGGAACUUCAACGCACUUUAAGCGCCCCGGUGUUAGAGGACUACGAGUUUCGAAACGGUGCUCGAAUCAGAAGGAAUUACAGGACUCUGGUGUUGGGGAAACAGCAGACUUUGCAGAGCGCGUCAGUCAAAACACUUGUGAAAUCAGAGAAUCCGCGGCUUACAGGUAAAACAGAUGUGCAUGAAGGAACACUGGAAGAAUUUGCUGGUGCAAGUAAACGUAAGCGAGUAGCCAACGGUGUAGCAUCUUUAGUGAAAAAGCCAUUUAAUUUCAUGGCAAAUUUUCCCUCUCCACCGUCACUAAUUAUUGGCAAGGAUGGAGAUCUGUGCCCUGCCUAUUCACUGAACACUACUAAGGAUCCCGAUUCACCUCAGAAGGCCCAUCCUGUGUGGAAAUGGCAGCUGGGAGGUGCUCCUGUACCUCUCCCGCCUAGCCAUAAAUUCAGAAGGUUUAACGUGUAAAAUGGAUAUUUUUUGGGAUGGCCAAACUUCUCCACGAGCACAUUUACACUAAAGCAGCACACUCCUGCUUUUGUUUUUGUCACACAGACCCUGACCGGAUAAGCAUCUUCAAGAUCCAGCAACAUUUCAUCAAUACUGGAAAAAUGUUUUUUUUUUAAAAAAAACACACAAAAAUCCCAAACGUUUUCAGUGUGGAUAGGUCUCUGUUUGAUUUGCCAAACGCCACUGUCCGCUGAUCAAGACAUUCCACACCACCACACUUUUUUUCUGAACUACUGAUGUCACUUUGAGGUUGUUUUACGGCUGUUUUCGAAGAGUUAAAUUAAAAUGAUACUAAAAUGUUCAAAUGAUAAGCCAGUACCUGCAGAAGAUUAACUGCAAAAAUUGUACGUCAAAAAAUCGACAUAGUGAAAUGUUAGAAAUGAGCCAUUAA